CCCUUGCCCUUCGCACUUCACCACCAUCGUCCCCUACAGUCGUAGCACACUUACUGCUUAAGAUAUCCUAAAACCUGUUUUCUUAUCAUGGCGCCGAACUCUCUUCGUUCCUGGUGGCGUUCGCUGCGGCGUUCUCAACCUCCGAGUGGCAAUGCUGGUAUAUUACUCCCCACUGAAGCCACACAUUCAGUUUCCCCGCAUGCAGUCGUCCCUACGCCGGCUUCAGACUAUCGCUUAGAUCCUACAGAGGCUAAAAAGCAGAUUGAUCGCAUCCCUCGUUUUCGCAUUCUUGUCAUGGGCAGAGCAAAUGCGGGUAAAACAACUAUUUUACAGCGGGUCUGUAACACUACGGAUCAGCCUGAGAUCUUCGAUGGAAACGGAGUGAAGGUUAAUUCUGGGGUGGUGCAGGGUUCACUAUCGCGUGGUGUCCAUACCAUUGAGGAUGAGCUGGUGUUUCAAAGUAACCAACAGUUUGUGUUCCAUGACUCGUGCGGAUUCGAGGCAGGGGAGGAGGCAGAGUUUGAUAAGAUGAAGAAAUUUGUCACAGAACAUGCCAAGGCCACCAAACUGGAGCAGAGAAUACAUGCGAUUUGGUAUUGCAUUCCUUUGAAUGAAAGGCAUAGGAUGGUCACAGCUGCUGAAAAGAAGUUCUUUAAUGAGUGUGAUUCAGGGCAUGUUCCUGUGAUUGUGCUACUAACAAAGGCAGACACUUUGAGUCUUGAUGCAUUUCAGGAGCUUAAGAAAAAGGGGUCAACUGUAGAUGAUGCAAGGAAAAGGGCUCCAGAAGUAGGAAAGGAGGUACAAAAGUGCUGCCUGGACAAGGUCAAAGAUUGGCUGGAUAAACUGCAGUUUCCACCUCAAAACUACCUGGUGCUUACCAGUAUGCAACAGAAGGGUGCAGAUUGUAAAGAGCUGUUGAAAUGCACAGCAAGUGCAUUGACAGAGGAAGGACUGCAAGGGCUGCUUAUAUCUUCACAGCAGUCAAACCUGGGACUGUGCAUGGAAUUUGCCAUAAUGAAGACAUUGAAGAGGAUCUUGAACAAUGUGGCUCACCAAAUUGAAUUGGACACCAUAGCAAAUGCCCUUGCAACAUGGUUCCCAUUUAAAGUGUGUGAAAUUCUGCAAGUACAAGUAUAA